AUGGACAACCAGUCAAUCGUUGCUUGUGAAAGUCGACCAGAGAGCGCUUCGAAUCGGACAAACUCCAACUCAAGCGAUCUACCCACGUCCCAUCAGAAGACAAGAGCUGCCUUUAUUAAUCGUCAAGAAUACCGGCUAAAUCAGUUAAUCGAAGAAGGUCAUCUUGUUGUUGGGAGCAGCUCUCUUUUAUGGGUUGAUGAGAAUGGACUUCUUGUAGCUCAAGGUCUCGGAAAUAUGAGCAACGAAGGGCACCAAAACCCUACUCCUUUAUUUCACGCAGGAUCAUGGGCUGAUGUUGAUGAAAUAUCCAAGUCUUCUUCCCUGCCGCGCCACUCGUGGGGCCAAGAAGACCCUGGAGAAGAAACAAUUGUCUGGGGUCCCCUUCUAAAGAAGCUCGUCAUGAAAGAGUUGAGAUUACUGCCCACCAUUACUCAUUCGGUCUGGAAGGAGCUCUUGGCUGAUCUCGAGAGCUUGCCAACUGCCUAUAUGUCAACAUCAGCCAUGGCCGAGAAGCUGCAGGAAGCAAUUGACCAAGAAUCUGAAGAUUCGUCAGACCUCGGCUAUUUUGUGGGUUAUUGCAGGAAUGCGAAAGAAUUUCCCGAGAUGGGCCUGGACGAUAUUUCACAAUCCAUGUACAGACUCGCUGGAGUAAACGUCCAUCAGAGCGAAUCUUGGGCAGCUUUACGCAAGAUCAAUGAGAGUUUGGCUAAUGACAUAUUUGCUCUUUCUCACUUGGCAAAUAAAUUGCAGAAACGAAAAGCGCCGGCGAACCAGUUCUUCCAGCUGGCUGAGAUCGCUAAUGAGCUAUAUACUACCCUUCAAGGCGUGGAAAUGAGGCAUAAGAUGGAGAAGCUGCUCGAAGAUGUGAAGGAAAGAAUAAAGCUGGAAUAG